AUGGCUGCAGACAAAGAUCCUCGCAUCCGAAAGACGUCAAUAUCCUCUUCCUCCAACUCAUUCAUCCUGACCUGCCAGCACUGGCUCCACGUCGCCCUUAAUCGUCUACCUUUCAGAAGACGAUUCUCUCCAACACAAUCCCUCCGUGCUCGUUCAUCACCACAGACUCCGGAGCGAGCUCCUACACCUCCGCCUCGACCACAACCCAUCAUCAGUGAACAAGUCACUUUUUCCAUCCAAGUCCCCUUCGCUCCACAAGACAAUCGGUCGACCAAAUCGGCAGCAAUUGCAGAACCUGUCAUUGGAGUUCGUGCACGCACCCGCUCCCUUCCAGGCGCUCCAAGCGAACACCUCAUCAAUAGCCGUAGAGAACUCUACAACUCCGACUAG